AUGCAUCAGUUACCAAAUUCUUUUAUCAGCUUUCGAGCUUUAAAAACAGACAAGUCGACCUCAAGACCAUUGAUAGAAGCUGUUCAAUUUUCCGACGACUCGGUAACAAAGGAAAAUAUAGAUGUAAAAAAAUACAAACCAAUUGUCUUGGGAAUUAACCACGCUUACGAUGAAGCACUUAAAUAUAUCCUUCAAGACAAAGAAAAUAAAUAUCAGCAAAUAAAACAGAUCGAUGAACAAAUAAAUAAACUUUCAAAAGCAACGGAACGAAAUGACGAGAUCACCCAAGAAUUGGAUUUACUCUACAAAAAAAAACAUAAUUUGCAGGCACUAGCUGAAGUAAACGAUCCAGAGGUUCGAUGGAGAUUCAAAAAUGAUAUAGUCGAUAUGUCUGUACCUGUUUAUCGUUAUUUGAAAGAAAAACAUUGGAAAUCUGGUCCCCUUCCAAAAUUGGUGGAACGUAUAACACAAAUGUAUGUUGUACCAGACGUAUUUCCGGAUUUGGAACCUACAAUGUGCCUUGAAUUAAAAUUUGGUGAAGAAUUCGUUGAACCUGGAUGUUUUCAACGGCCUAUAAGAACGAUAAACCCACCUACAAUUAUUAUGAAUAGUUUCCAUAUAGAAACCUGCUUAUACACUCUCAUUAUGGUAGAUCCAGAUAUGCCAGAUGUAGCAAAUAAAAGUUUUCAAACACAAUGGCAUUGGCUAAUAACAAAUAUUCCUAUCAGUGCUACAAAAACUGAUAUCUCCGGUGGAACUGAAAUCUUACAGUACAUACCACCACAUCCACCUAAGGGCACUAAAUAUCAUAGAUACACCUUAGGCGUUUUUGAACAGCCUGAUGGAAAAAUCGAAACGACCAGAAUGGAUCUAUCAAUGAACGUUCGCGAUUUUGCAAGCCAAUAUAAUUUGAAGUUACGUGGUGUGACAUUUUUUCGUGAAGUUUGGGAUAAAGAUGUUAGUUCGAUUUAUAAUCGAUUAGGCAUCCAUGAACCAAUAUAUAGCAAACCACCCAAGGUUGACCAUUACUUAGAUAUAACUGGAAAGAAGCGACCAUCGAAAUUUAUAGAAACAUUAGAACAUUAA